AUGGACUCCUAUUAUGAACGGUUCCGGAGACUGAAUCCUCCUAUGUUUGACGGUGGAGCCGAUCCGUUGGCUGCUGAGACAUGGAUUCAGGGAAUAGAAGAGAUGUAUGAUGCUCUGCAGUUUCCUGAAGAUGUCAAGGUUAGGUUGGCUAUUCCCAUGCUGAGAGGAAAUGCAAAGUUUUGGUGGACAGCCAUGAAAGCUGCAAUUGGAAAUGAUGAUAAUAUGCCGACUUGGGAUGAAUUCAAAAAAAUGUUCUAUGAACAAUAUUUUCCUAAGUCGGUCAGAAGGACUAAGGAAAAUGAAUUCUUAUCUUUGAGACAGAAAGAUAAUAUGACCGUGCUUGAAUAUGCUAAUAAGUUCAAUGAACUGGGCCGGUUCUGUCCCCAGUUUAUGGAGGUUGAAGAGAGCAAGGCUAAUAGAUUCGAGCAGGGCUUGAGGGAUGAGAUUCGAUCCCAAUUGUCAGUUCUGAUCUUUAUCAGUUAUGGAGAUGUCCUGGAGAGAGCAUUGAAAGUAGAAGCAGAUCUGAAGAGGUCAGAGAAAGAAAGAAGUGAUCUAAAGAGGUCCAGGGAAACUAGGGAUCAGAGUGCGAGGCCAAGAAAUUUCGGGGAAAAUGCAAACAAAAAGAACAAAUUCGGGCCCUGCAAUUUCUGUGGCAAGCUACAUGGUGGACUUUGCCUUUAA